CUCGCCUCGCUAGCUUAUUGGCCGGAGCCGCGAAGCCGCAGUCCGCGGGGUCGGAGGGCUGCUGUGUCAGAGAUGGCGUCCUACUUCGACGAACACGACUGCGAGCCAUCGGCCCCCGAGCGGGAGGCCCGAACCAACAUCCUGCUGGAGAUCGCGAGGUCGCUUUUCAUCAGUGUGGACUUUGAAGACUUGGGGUUGGGAGUAGAUUGGGAUCACCACCUGCCUCCACCUGCUGCCAAGACUGCGGUUGAGAGCCUCCCCAGGACAGUCAUGAGGGGCUGUCGGUCUGAGCUCAAGUGCCCCGUGUGCCUUUUGGAAUUCGAGGAGGAGGAGACUGCCAUUGAGAUGCCUUGCCAUCACUUCUUCCAUUCCGACUGCAUUCUGCCCUGGCUAAGCAAGACAAAUUCCUGCCCCCUCUGCCGACAUGAACUGCCCACCGAUGAUGAUACUUAUGAAGAACACAAACGGGAUAAGGCUCGCAAGGAGCAGGAGAAACACCGACUGGAGAACCUGCAUGGAGCCAUGUACACAUGAGGCAGCUGGGGCCACGCACUGGCCCUGCACAAAGUCUUCCUCUUCGACCUCAAAUCCUCAUUAAAGAUUUCUUUACCCAC